CGGUUCAGCAUCACAGCUAGCAGCUCGCGUCUCAAAUCUGCUUCCCCACACCUCCGUUCUUGCAUUAAGAAGCCAACUUUUGAUAGUGAUGAAGUGAUUUUUUCCCCUUGUGGUCCAGCCUCCGUUCUCGCUCUUGCCCUUCUUUCAUCUUCAAAGAGAGAGGCUAGCAAAAAAGAGAGGGGGGUCGCGGAUAGCGUCGACAAAACGAGGCGCAGUAAAUAUGCUAAAAGACGCCGAGCUGAUUUCAUCUUUUCCUUUAUUUUGAUACCGAAAUCUGCGAGAAAGAACCGAGACGGGGGUCUAAAAGAUAAAGAGAACGAGAAAGAUCAAAGAGAGGCGGACCAUCGUGGCCAAAGUCAACCUGCAUGUGAUAGCCCCGGAUCAGGUGGCGGACGGCGGCGGAAGAUGCAGCCUGCAAGCAAGCUCCUGAGUCUCACCCUCCUCGUUCUGAUGGGCACUGAACUCACCCAAGUGCUGCCUGCGAACCCAGAGGAGUCCUGGCAGGUGUACAGCUCAGCACAGGACAGCGAGGGCCGCUGCGUGUGCACUGUGGUGGCUCCACAGCAGACCAUGUGCUCACGGGAUGCCAGGACCAAACAGCUACGACAGCUUCUGGAAAAAGUGCAGAACAUGACCCAGUCCAUCCAGACGUUGGACCAGAGGACACAGAAAGACCUGCAGUACGUCCAGCGGAUGGAGGUGCAGCUACGAGGCCUGGAGACCAAAUUCAAACAGGUGGAGGAGAGCCACAAGCAGAACAUUGCCAAGCAAUACAAGGCCAUAAAAGCGAAAAUGGAGGAACUUAGGCCAAUGAUACCAGUGUUGGAGGAAUACAAGGCCGAUGCAAAAUUGGUAUUGCAGUUUAAAGAGGAGGUGAAGAAUUUGACGUCAGUGCUAAGCGAGCUGCAGGAGGAGCUGGGAGCCUUUGACUACGAGGAGCUCCACAACAGGGUGUCAAAUCUUGAGGAGAGGCUCCGUGCAUGCAUGCAAAAAUUAGCCUGUGGGAAGCUGACAAGAAUAAGUGAGCCUGUCACUAUUAAGACAUCCGGAUCGAGAUAUGGAUCAUGGAUGACUGAUCCCCUUGCCCCUGAUGGUGAUACAAGGGUAUACUACAUGGAUGGUUACCACAACAACCGUUUUGUCCGCGAGUACCAGUCCAUGGUGGAUUUCAUGAACUCGGAUAACUUCACCUCUCACCGUCUCCCUCACCCUUGGUCUGGCACCGGCCAGGUGGUCUACAACGGCUCCAUUUACUUCAACAAAUUCCAGAGUCACACGAUCAUUAAGUUUGACUUCAAAACAUCCACCAUCAGUAAGGCCAGUCAGCUGGACUAUGCUGGCUUCAACAACCGCUACCACUACUCGUGGGGUGGCCAUUCCGACAUUGACCUGAUGGUGGACGAGGGUGGGCUUUGGGCAGUGUAUGCCACCAAUCAGAAUGCAGGGAACAUCGUCAUCAGCAAGCUCAACCCAAUGACGUUGCAGGUCAUCAAGAGCUGGACCACCAACCACCCGAAAAGGAGCGCAGGGGAGGCUUUCAUGAUCUGUGGAACUCUCUACGUUACCAACGGCUACUCUGGAGGAACGAAGGUCUAUUACGCCUUCCACACCAACUCCUCCACUUAUGAAUACAUUGACAUCCCAUUCCAGAACAAGUAUUCCCACAUCUCUAUGCUGGACUACAACCCCAAGGACAGAGCACUGUAUGCUUGGAACAAUGGGCACCAGGUGCUGUACAAUGUGACCCUGUUCCACCUUAUCCGCUCUGAGUAGCCGUAGAUCUCGACAGAGUGACCUUCUCUGUCAGCGUGAGAGGUAGAUCUGAAUGAAUACUGAAGAGUAGAGUAAUACCAGUGAUUGUUCAAUAAAAGAAGACGUCAAAAUAUAUUCAAAGUAAUAUUAGGCAACAUUAUAAACAGCUGCCAAACGGUUAUGCCUUUCGUUUUCUUUUUUAAAGGUUUGGACACUGAGUUCAUUCUUGCUUUAGAUGAUUGUGUUCUCAAUUUUGUAUCACAGAAUACUUGUACAGCUUUGUCUAUGAAUACGAAUAUGAAUUAAAACAUCCUGUAGGCCAAAAGAGAGAGAGAGAGAUUAUGAUGCAGAGAGGAAGACAUUACUGUUUAUUUACACAAUCAUAUUCUUUGUAUCAAGAGCAAUCAAAAAACCUUUCAACACCAACUAAAGAAAUGAAGGCACUGACUGUUGGAGGCACCCUGUUAAAGUGAAAAAUAAUUGUCAUUGUGAUUGUAUGUAGCGUUUUGGAUUUUCUCAAAAAGUUUUGCAUGGACAUUUUUUAGCACUAAGAUUCACAUGGAUGUAUGUAUUUCGCAGUAAUAUGACACGUUAUGUGAAAAGGAGAGUAGAUUAGCACUGGGUUUGUUACAUUAUUUGCUAUGUUUUCUUUAUGUCUCUUUCUUUGGUUCACAUUAUCCGUGCAUCUUCUUAAUUUUUUCGUGUUUAUAAGAUUAAAGUUCUUAAUUGGUAGCUUGGAUUGUAACACACAAAAGAAAAAAGAAUAUAUCAAAAAAGAAUCUAUCAAAACCAUAUCUCUAUGUCAGCAAAAGAAAUAUUACAAUAGAAUGUAUCAAAAAUGUAUUUAUAAGAUAGCAAUGUAUACUUUGGUUGUAUUUCAAAAAUUGACUUCACAAGUCAGCUGUCUUCGUAGUUUAGAAGAGAUUGAUGGUGGCAUCCAAAACUGUUGCGCUUGCAUAUGUGUUGUACCUGCAAUGUGAUUCAUAUCAAUAAAACCAGUCUUUAUUUUACA